AUGCUAGCUAGAAAUAUAUCCACUGGUUCAUGGCUUCCACCUGCACUAGUCCCAAGCAACAACCAGUACCCAAUGGCCAAAGUACAGACAAUUGCUCUAGCCGGUGGAACUGGCGACCUCGGCCGCUAUCUUCACGAAGAGCUGGUGAAAGACAGGCGGUUUGCCGUGGCUCUAUUGACGCGGGAGACCUCACAGAAGACAAACACCUCGACGCUUCCCAAUACUACGAUCCAUCCAACAGACUACAGCGAAUCAUCUAUUGUCUCGAUUCUGGAUUCCACCGGCGCAACAGCCCUCAUCUCCCUCAUCCGCUGCCCAAACAGCGUCUACGAGCCUCUCCACAAGACCCUCAUCCACGCAUGUCUCGCGUCCAAUACCUGCAAGCGUUUCAUCCCUUCCGAGUGGGCUGGUGAUAUAGAAGGGUUUCCCGAUAUCCCCAUCUCUUAUUCAAAGACCCGAGCACCGCUGCGGCGGUACUUACAGGACCUUGACCAGCAAUCUGAGAAAGAAGGUUCAAAGCCACAGCUGGAAUGGACAUUGUUCAACCUCGGCUGGUUCAUGGACUAUUUCCUCCCCCCAAGCCAGUCGUACAUGAGAUACAUAGAGGGCGAAUUCCCAAUUGACGUUGCGAGCUGGACGUAUACGGGAUGUGGCCAGGGCUUUGGCAGAGCUGUUGGCCAGCGAGAAGGAGUGGUGCGUCUUUGCUUCUUCCCCUAUGAUUGCGUAUGCAAACGGCUAAUCAAUCCGCUGAGCAAACUACCAGACCGUACUUUGACCAAGAAAUACCGCUCUGCCGAGGAGAUUGCUUCUGACAUCCGCGAGUACGAAUCGCAACCAGAUGUAGAAGAUGUGGGCGUUGUCGAGGUGGAACAUUGGACUAUCACUGGGGCGACAGCUUGUCCGAAAGAGAAGACGCUUCGGCAGCGGGAGAAAUACUUUUCUGCAGUCCAUUUCAUGUCGCUAGAAGAAAUGCUCAGUUUGGCUGAAAGCCAGGGCCAUGUCUAG